AUGAGGGGCUGCUAUGCAGAAUUGCUACUUGUUCUUGGGCUCCUUUGUACCCAUGGAGCCACAAUGGGGUUCGGUUUGAAUUUGGGUGGUUUGGGUUGGGGCAGAUGCAUAGAGGAAGAAAGACAAGCACUUGUUGGAUUCAAACAAGGUGUUCAAGAUGAUUUCCAUGUGCUGUCUUCUUGGGACAGUAAAGAGGAAGAAGAUUGUUGCAAAUGGAAAGGAAUCAAAUGCAGCAAUCGAACGGGUCAUGUUGUCGGGCUUGAUCUCCGGCAAAAUAUUUUCUUCGGAGCCUUUGAGUUUCUAUCAGGUGAGAUAAGCUCUUCAAUACUUGGAUUGCAACAUUUGACUUAUCUUGACUUGAGUUGCAAUGAUUUUUCCACCCUCCCAGGAUUCAUUGGUUCACUCACUAACUUACAAUAUCUCAAUCUUUCUUUCAAUGCUAUUUCUGGAACCAUCCCAUGGCAGCUUGGUAAUCUCUCAAGGCUGAUUUCUCUUGAUCUCAGCUGGAACUAUAAUUAUGGGGUGAUUGAGGACCCCAAUCUUGAUUGGCUCUUUCAUCUCUCAUCUUUAAGACACUUAGAUAUGAGCCAUGUGAACCUUAGCAAGGCAAUCAAUUGGCCAGAUAAGGUUAAUAUGCUCCCUUCUUUAUUAUACUUGCGUCUAAGUGAUUGUGAGCUCUCAAUGCCAUUUUCUCUUGUGCCUUCCAAUGCUAAUUCUUCCUCCCCACUUUCAUUCCUUGAACUCUCUCACAAUCAUCUCAACUCCUCUGUAUUGCCUUGGCUAUAUAGAUAUAACAAUAGUCUUGUCCAUCUUGACCUCACUAAUAACAAGUUACAAGGUUCAAUUCCAAAAGGUUUUGGGAAUAUGGUAGCUCUUUCUCAUCUUCUCCUCUCUUCCAACAACCUUAAUGGGGUGAUACCACAAACUUUGAACAAUCUUCAUAGUUUACAAGUAUUAGACUUAUCAAACAAUAGUAUAAGCGGAGAGGUACCUGAUCUUUCAAAACUUUCUUUCUUGACCGAGUUGUAUCUUUCCAACAAUCGGUUAAAUGGGAGUUUAGCCAAAAGCAUAGGAAAAUUUUAUAAGCUCCAGAUUCUUGACUUGUCUUCAAAUUCCUUCGAAGGUGUCAUUACUGAAGCACAUUUGUCAAAUUUUUUCACCUUACACCAGUUGGACUUAUCUUCUAAUUCUUUGUCUUUGACGUUUAGUCCAGCCUGGGUUCCACCAUUUCAUUUGGAUACCAUAAGAUUGAGUUCUUGCAAACUAGGGCCAUUUUUCCCUGAAUGGCUUCGAACACAAAAGAAUUUUUCACGGCUUGAUAUGUCUGAUGUAGGAAUUAUAGACACCAUCCCCAAUUGGUUUUGGGGCCUUUCUUCCAAUAUAAUGAUCUUAAAUCUCUCCCACAAUCAGAUCACUGGCAAUGUACCUCUUCAAUGGUUUUCAACAAGGUUUAUUGGUUAUCCUCAAAUAGAUUUGAGUUAUAACCGCCUCACUGGUUCACUACCACGUUUUAAUUCCGAUCCCGUCGUGUUGAAUCUCGCCAAUAAUCUGUUCCAAGGAUCUAUUACAUCCAUAUGUGAGACAAAUGGAUAA